GCGCGCUCCUGACUCCGCCAGCCCACCGCCUCGGGCUCGCCGGGUUGCUGCAGUCGGUCCCUCGCUCAAGUUUCCUCUCUCUUCAAGAUCAGGGCGGAGGGCGGAAAACAGCAGUUGUGCCUGCCGUUUCAGAAUGGAGAUGAAGACGAAACCGAACAGCUCCAAUAUGCAGUUGCUGCUUUUCGUUUUCUUGGCGUGGGACCCAGCCAGGUUGGUGCUGGCUAACAUCCAAGAAGAUGAGGCUAAAAAUAACAUUACCAUCUUUACAAGAAUUCUAGACAGACUUCUGGAUGGUUACGAUAAUCGGCUUAGACCAGGACUGGGAGACAGUAUUACCGAAGUCUUCACUAACAUCUAUGUGACCAGUUUUGGCCCUGUCUCAGAUACAGACAUGGAAUAUACAAUAGAUGUUUUCUUUCGACAAAAAUGGAAAGAUGAACGAUUAAAAUUUAAAGGUCCUAUGAACAUCCUUCGACUCAACAAUUUAAUGGCCAGCAAAAUCUGGACUCCAGAUACCUUUUUCCACAAUGGGAAGAAGUCGGUGGCGCACAAUAUGACAAUGCCAAAUAAGCUUCUGCGAAUCCAGGAUGACGGCACCCUGCUGUACACGAUGAGGCUUACAGUUCAAGCUGAAUGUCCAAUGCACUUGGAGGAUUUUCCAAUGGAUGCCCACUCAUGUCCUCUGAAAUUUGGCAGCUAUGCAUAUACAACCUCAGAGGUUACUUACAUUUGGACUUACAAUGCGUCUGAUUCUGUACAAGUGGCUCCUGAUGGCUCUAGGUUAAAUCAAUAUGAUCUGCUGGGCCAAUCAAUUGGGAAGGAGACAAUUAAAUCUAGUACAGGUGAAUAUACCGUAAUGACAGCUCAUUUCCACUUGAAAAGAAAAAUUGGGUAUUUUGUGAUUCAGACAUAUCUGCCUUGCAUCAUGACGGUCAUCCUCUCCCAAGUGUCGUUCUGGCUUAACAGAGAAUCUGUGCCCGCGAGAACAGUGUUUGGAGUGACAACUGUUCUAACCAUGACGACUCUGAGCAUCAGUGCCCGGAAUUCUCUCCCCAAAGUGGCUUACGCAACUGCCAUGGACUGGUUCAUUGCUGUUUGCUAUGCAUUUGUGUUCUCUGCCCUCAUUGAAUUUGCAACUGUUAAUUACUUCACCAAAAGAGGAUGGGCUUGGGAUGGAAAGAGUGUGGUCAAUGACAAGUCCCCUUCAAUAAAAGCUGAAGGCAUUACAUUAACUUACAACUCAGUGAAGGCAAUUCUUCAAGGAGCUAAGCUAAUAUGGUCCAAGUAUAUAGCUUUCUCAUGGCACAAUUUUAUCCAAGGAAAGACUUUAGAGUACUUAGAGAAGUGGAUGGACUGUAUAACCUUCAAACAAUCUUCUAAAAAAGAAAAAGCCUCUGUGAUGAUACAGAACAACGCUUAUGCAGUGGCUGUUGCCAAUUAUGCCCCGAAUCUUUCAAAAGACCCAGUUCUCUCCACCAUCUCCAAGAGCGCAACCACGCCAGAACCCAACAAGAAACCGGAAAACAAACCAGCUGAAGCCAAGAAGACUUUCAAUAGCGUUAGCAAAAUUGACAGAAUGUCUAGAAUAGUUUUCCCAGUUCUGUUUGGUACAUUUAAUUUAGUUUACUGGGCCACAUAUUUAAACAGAGAACCUGUCUUAGGGGUCAGUCCUUGAUUCUCGGCACAGGUUGUCUUUGAGAUGUAUAGCGACAUUACACUUGGUUUGUUUUGCCAUGUACAGUCUGACUAAUAACUGCUAAUUUGUGAACCAACAUGUACAGUAUGUAUAUAGCAUCACAGCUUAUGGACCUCUAAUGGAGACACGCAUUUGCUAACCAAAGGCAGAAGGCGCCCCAGGCCCAACGAGCCGUUGCCUUUUUAAAAGAUUUACCCUCGGAAUUGGUCUAAAGCAGAUUUCAGGUGAUCUGAUUUAUUUUCUCUUAUUCUAACAGCAAUGAAAAUGGAGAUCUUACACCACCCUUUAUGGACCCUUUUGAUUUAGGUCUGACAUAGGAGUAUUUUCUACUCUUACCUAACUAGAAAGUAAAAUAACAUUGUCUUUCCAAGCUGAAUUCCUCUAAAUAACAGAACCUCCUAUCUUUCCUUCUCGAGUGCUCAGAAUCCCUGCUAAUAUAAUUGGAAGCUUAGCACACAUCUGAAUAAAAACUAGAGAUUUGAAAUCAGCUUUUAAUUACUCUGUUUAGCAUCUACAGCCAUGUACAUACUACGGCAUGACAAAUUCAAAUAAUUAUGAAUCACCCUGACAAGAUGUUCGGUAUGCCUAGGAUUUAAUAACUAUUGGAAUGCCAUGGUCAUCACAUGUUUCACAUCAGAGUUUAUUUGAAAGUAAUAAUUGAAAUCCUCCAGAUUAUUUUAAUCAUUGGAAACUACCUUAAAUUAAAAAAAAAAAAAGAUGAUAAAUAGGUCUUAGUAUUUCCAGGUAUGUGUUGUAUUGAAAUUGAUCAGCUAAAUUUUCUUGGUGCUGGAAACUGGAAAAAAACAUCCAGUUUGGCUGCUGUGGAGCAACAUUCAUAUUGGAUUAGAAAACUGUGCCAAAAACUCCCAUCAGUGAGAAUUCAUAGGUGUCACAGAGUGAAUACGAGCACUUGGACGAUUCUCUCCUUUGCUGUUUACUGCAAAUUCUGCCUUAAGGCUUCUUUUCAUCAGGACUCAGAAGCCAAUAAUUACAAAGAACAGGGCAGUUAAUUGGCACAUUUUUCUGUCUUGAAAGCAGCUCUUUCAGAUAAGAAUUAAUGUAAAUUCUGCUUUUGUAAAUUGCAACUUUAAAUUUCUCUGACUCAAAUUUGCAGCUUUGUAUAUGAGAAGAGGUUUUGGUAAGAGUUGAACAUUUUUAAACUGAAACUUUAAAGCAUCACCAACAGAUUGUGUAUUAGUUCACAUGCACGAACAAAACACACACACCCACAAUUAGCUCAAUUAGGGUAUGUACACAAAUAUUUAGCUAAAUUAGAAACCACGGUUUUCAAUUUUAUAUAAUUACUAAUUAUUAAUGGGCAAAAUUUGUUUUCCUUUUAGAAUUUAAAAUACUCUUUAUGCCCCUGAAAUAUGUUACAGAAAUUAUUAAUUGAGUCUCAUGUUAUUAGACUCAACAUUUUGGGUAAACUUAAAAUCCUUUAAACUCACAUAUACAUUAGCAGUUAUUAGUUGACUUUUACUAAUAGAUACACCUUUAUGAUGGUGUUUUUGUAGAAACAUAAGUAGUCAAAUAGUGGCAUUUCUUGCAGUUUUGUACAGUAUUUCACUAUAGUGCAUAAAUAGGUAUGUUCAUAAAAUCAAUAAAAGAAGUUAUGGAAGCAAGCGAAAUCACAGCAAAAACUGCUCUUCUUUUGCAUCGUUUAUGGUUUUUGUUUUUUUCAUUUUUUUUGUUUCAGUGUGAUUCUGUUAUGUGCUUUGCAUGAUUGUAUUAAUACCAAGGUCACAAAUGCAUCUUAUUAACAGAAUUUGCCGUGAAGACAGCCUUGACAUUAAAAAUUCCCUCACAAAAGGUAAUCCAUAAUGUUUAAUAAAAUAAACUUGUUACAUGAGCCAAUAAAUGUAUUGUUUAAUUCCCUUCCAAAGCACUUUUUUGGUCAUCUAAAUAGUUUUUAAAAGUGCACUUUAUUCAUAUACUACAAUGGAAUAUAUCCUAUUUUCUUACACAUUUGAAUAUAUCAUAGCUCUUCCAGGUGGUUUAGGGAAGGGUGCAGUAGUCUAAGACAGUACAUAAUGCUUGAAGGCAAGCAAUAAAAGUGCGUUGUAUGGUAUAUAUUGUUAAACAUUUAAAAUAUUGUUCUUAUAAGUUCUGCAUUUCCCCCUUAAUGUGUGACUAUACGUUAUAAAUUUAUAAAUAUGUACAUAUGUAAAAAUAUUUGUAAAUAGCAGUUUCUGUAGGACAACAGAAAAAAACUCAUCUAUACCUUUGCAAAAGGCUGCUCCUACAUUGAUGGUACCUGUUUAUUAAAAUUUAUGGUAGAUUGACCAGGAAAGUUAUCAUUACUGUUAUUUUUACUUUUAGUUUCAAUUGUUAAAAUUUUAUUUGAGCCUGAUAACAUCUUGACAGGUUGAGAUAGUCCAGUAAUGUGGAUCGGGGUUUUCUAUUUUCUUUAACUUUCUUUUUUUUUUAAAAAAAAACACACUUCCUAGCCUUUUAAAGUUUAGAUAAAUUGAAGAAGCUUUAGUCUUGCUGGAGAGAGAGAGGAUGCUCCAUGGUAAAGGAUUUUAAAUUAUAGAACAAGAGUCUUUACAAUUAUUCUCCCUUCCAUAAAUCCUUUUAAAAACACAAAAUAAAAGUGACAUGGAUUUAUUAAAUAUAAGAUUAAUAACUUCAGAAAACAUUUUUAAUAAAAUAACAAUAGUCUCUUUGGCCCAUAAUAUCAUGAUUAUUUUAUGCAGUUGUAUAUUGACAUAAAGAGUUAUGGUAUGUACAAAAUGUAGAUAAAUACAUGUACAUAUAUAGAGAUAUAAUCUCAUUAUUGUAUAGUUACUGCUCUGAUUAAACUAAUACAAUAUUUGUUCAACAAAUAUCUUUUACCUCCUGCUGUUUUCCAUGCCAUGGGGAUGUGUUAAUACCACUCAUCAUGUCCACAGAAUUUAGCUGAAAAUCAAAGUGCAUCUCAUUUUUGUAAAGACUUUAAAUCAAAGACCAAAUAUAAUAUAUAAGUUAAUUUAUCACUGAGAAUUGAUUAAUGAGUUAUGAGAUCACGAGUGUGCUGAGAUGGUGGCUGUUUUGCUGUUUUCUUCUGUUUAUGUUUAUAUUGCUUGAAUAGAAAAUGGAACUCAUACAAAACCAUUGAAUAAUUUUUUUAAACUUCAGUGAUUUUUAAAAUGCCAGUCUUAAUGUUUAGCAAUCUUUUCAGGGAUCUAUUUCGAAUUUAUCUCAGGUUUGGAUAAGUGAUCCCCUAGAGCCACAUUUCCAAUUUUUUUUUAAAUAGCUCAUCGUUUAUUUAAAAAGAGCACAAAAGCUAUCAUUUCACUUAUAUUUUUUUGGUAUAUAUACAUAUAUAUAUAAAGUUUUCGUGAUAUGGCUCUUUUCAUAUUGCUGGUUGAAGGAACUCAGCUCUGCCAUGAUGUCAUAGAUCCUGGAAGGGCCCCAAAACCGUAUGGAGUCUGUUGAUGCUGUACUUUGGCAUGGCCUAUCAUCAUUUCAAUGUGAGGAUAAGGGAAGUAGGUCAGGUCCACCUUCUGCAAAGUCAUAGUUCUUCAGCAUCUAUCAAACAUUUUUUUUUCCAAAUGCUUCAUACUUAUUACAAUCAGACAGUGCCUGUGAAAUACCAAAAUAUUUAUGACUCAUUUGAAAUUUGGGACCUUAUUAAUAGCUUUAUUAUAUUGGUUUUCCUUUUAUUAGUCUUCUGGCAUUCCUAUAUCCAUCUGCAUAUUUUUGAAGCAAUUCUCAGAUUUUUUUUUUGCCUAUAGAAAGAAUCAGAAUUUCAAAUUAUGAGUUGAUCGAUUGCUACCCUGUAAUGCACUUAAUUUUCCUUUUAAUUUAGGUCUCUGGCAACCUUGGGUUUACCUCUUCUUAAUCCAAAGUAUCCAGAAGCAUAAAAUUAAAACUGGGAAGGGGUGUGGUUAUUUUUUAACACUUGCAUACUUAGAGACCAGAGACACUGUAUCAAAAUCACUCAUAAUAGUAUGGAUAAGACAAAUAAUGAUAUUUUUCUCUAUUGAAUUCAUGCUUUAAAAAUGAAAUUCAAUAUUUAAUAAAACUCUUAAUAUCCAUAAUCUUGCAUUUUCAACAUUUAUAUGAAAGAUACUAAUCUUUUUCAUUAAUUUUAUACACUCAUAUUUUCAUCAAAUUAAAAAAAAAUUUUUAAGACCUCAAAAAAAGGGAAAAAAAUUCAAAGGGAAAAAAAUUCAAAGGGAAAAACCCACUUGAAAAAUGUUUAUCUCUAGUUAAACCUAAUGAGGCACUUUCCCUUUUUAAGUCCUAAGAAAGGUGAGAAAUUAUACAUACAUAAGUAUAUACAGAGAUUUAACAAUCAUGAGUCUAUCAAGGUAAGCAUCAUGAUUAAAGUACUAAGAUAGACUAAGUUCAUGUCAAAGGCAUUUUGGAAAGGUAAUUAAAAUCUAUUUCUUAUAAGUUUAUAUCACGUUCUCAAAAAUUCUUAAUUAUCCAACAUAUUUAGAUCACAGUUUUCAACCUUAUUUAGGUCAAAUAUUCUAUUUUACCAGUUUAUGUAAAGAACUUUUUUUAAUACUUAUAAUAUAUACCCCACUUCAAAUCACUUUCUCUAUGAUGAAGUUAAUACAUAAAUUAAGAUUGCCAGUAGGAAAUGCCAAGGAAUAGGUUUAGUGUCAGUUUAUAGUAAUACUCUCGAAGAACCUUUAAAAAGGCCUUAGCUUUGAUUAGAAAUAGGGGUGUGUGUGUGUGUGUGUGUAUUUUCCAAGUAUGAAAGAAUAUUUUGAGAAAUUUAAACAAAUUUAUGAAAUAGAAACAAUUCCUUUUAUAAUGAAUGUACUUCCAAAUGUAGCUCUUUUUAAACUGGUAAUUAAUUUAGCCAAUAGAAUAGUUUUUUUUCAAUAGAUCCAACAAACUUAUUCACUGGAAUUUAGUCUUGAGCCCCACAUAGUUAGAAAUAUCCUUUCUACAAAGGUGUAAACAUUUUUCUGAUGUAUUUUUGGUUGACUCUUUUGAGCCAUUAAAUUUAAAAUAAUAUAACAAUUGUGCUUGUAAGAUAAGAUAAAAAAUCUUUGAAUUUCAAGUUUCUCAAUGAGAGUUUGUUAAAGCCUCUAUUUUAUUUAAUAUCCUGUUGAUCAUUUGCAAAUAGCAAGUCAUCUAUAUAUGUGAUUGAUUAGUUCUAUACCUUUUUUGAAUUGUAAAGCAACUAAGAAUCCAUUUUUUGUGAAAGUAGCUGUUCCCUAACAUUGGUUGCAAUUUAGUUUCUGGGAAUAUAUCACAUUUUUCUUUUUUGGUCUAUAGGUAUAAUAAUGUAUAAAAAAAGAUUGAAGUUGACUAAGCACACAAAAUACUAAGCACUUCCCUCUUUAUUUUUCUCAUUUCUUAAAAAAAAUGACAGUUAUUUUAGGGGUUGGAGAGACUUUAUUUGCUAUAUUAUUGGUUCUAUGAUAUUCAAAGUCAUUGAACUUCAAGGAUUAUUUAUUGAUUUCAUCAGUUUGUUGCAAAUUACUAUUUACAGAAAGAAGUCUAAUCUGACACCAUAUAAAUGUUGAUGUUGGCACUGUGUUAAAUUAGCUUAAUUGGUAUUAAAAAAUGUUUUUAAUGCUUUGUUUAUAGACUUACUUUACCACAACAUGCUGCCAAAGCAGGCUUAUAUUAUUAGAUAAAUAAGUGUAACUCCAACAAAAUUUAUUUGUGAAAACAAUUGGUAUUAGGAAAGCAAAACAAAGGUGUUAGACACAGAAUUACUUUAGGGAUGAUGACUUAAAGAUUUGUCCCCAGUUAUUCAUUUUUAAAUACUCAACACAGUAGUUGAAGCAGUUGGCUGUGUUUUAAACCCAGCAUAAAUGUGAAGAAGUUUAAUGUAUGAUUGGAAAGACCUAAAUGAAACUGAACUUUGAAUUAUAAUUUUCAUGAAUUAAAUAUUACUAUCCAUGGGUAAGUGCUUGAUUGUAGAUCUUGGACACCUGCUCCACAAUUGAUUUCAAGUUUAUUGGUAUCUAAUUUUUUAAAGAUUCUUUUGAGCAGAUAAAAAUUCAGGUUUUAGGGUGUUCCAAAUAGGAUUGUGACCUUUCAUGAAAUAUUCCCAUUAGAGGUCACAGGCAUGGAAACAAGAAAACUUCAUAUUUGUUGCUGAAUCAGAAAAGUAAAAAACAAAAUGGAAAAGAAUGAUUUCCUCUUGCUAUGUAUUAAUAAUACAACUACAUGCAUAGAGAAUACAUGACAAGUUUCCACCACUAAACUUUGAGCAUUCAUUAAUCUGAGAUUUUAAGGUGACAAUAUGCUUGUAUGGUAGGUUUUCUAGUUGGAAAAAAAUCAUUCUAGAGCUAAUAAUAUUUGUAAUUUGUGACCUUGCUGUAACUGGGAAAAGUCACUAUUUUUUGUAUGUAAAAUAAUUUGACCUUUAUUGAAUGUGUCAGUAUGCUUGCUGUUUAAAAAUUCCUAAUUAAUCACAUGCAGAUUAAGGCUAAACAUUAUCUUUUUUGUACUUAUUAAAAUUAAUUUAAGUAUA